AUGCCAAUGAGCAACCUGGAAGAAAAUUUUGAACUAGUAAGGGAAAACAGCAUUGCAGAAAAGAGUGUUAUAGCGGAAGAAAGUAUAAAAGAGUCAAAAGAUGUUAUCGUUUUCAGUGAAGUAUCACUUAAAAGAUACCGCAAGUUUUGUGGAGAGGAACGGAGGUAUAACGUAUAUACCCGUUUAAUUAAGGGUAACGUAAUUGCGUACGAGAUGCCUGGAAACAUACACUCA